AUGCUGGUAAUCAUAAUCGAUAUAGGGACUGAGAGUAAAAAAAGUUUGAAAGAAUUUAAAUUAUUAAAUAAGAUUUUUAAAUGGAUAAUUAUUUUAUAUAAGAGAAAAGCUCUCUCUAAUUUUAAGAUAUAGAAAUUGCCGAGGAUCGGCUCCACACGGGAAAGAUUUUCCACAUGUGGAGCCAUUUUUUCACACUUGAGAAUCCUGACUUCCACGUGUGAAAAAAAAUGGCUCCACAUGUGAAAAAUCGUUCCAGUGUGGAGCCGAUUUUCUGUAUUGCCAGAGAAUGGCGCAAAUAGCGCGCCAUUCUCAGGCAAUUAGUAUAUCCUCUAUAAUAGGUAUCAUUGAAUUUAUUGAUGGCAUCAUUAUAUCUAUUCCAUUUUAUGUACAAACAUUUGUAUCAUAUAUCAUCCAAAUUUUCUCCAUAGAGAGAUUAGCUUCAUUAAGCAAAAUCCGAUGCUAUUUCUCAAAAAAAUUAUCAAAAUCUUAA